CCUCUUGCUCUGGAAUUCACAUGCCCUCUGUUGCUCUGCUGUUGUUUCUCUCCUUUCUUCCUCUCCAUCCAUCUCAUUCCUGUUUUCACUCACAGUUUCGUUUGCUCUCUGUCCCGCCUAGUCUUUUUUUCAUGAUGAUGUCACCCCACACUCCCUGUAUCUCUUUCGUUUUGGGCUUCUUCUUGCCUUUUACUUUUUUUUUUUUUCUCAUGUCGGUGGUGCAAUGUUUCGAUUUGACUUGGGUGAAGCAGAGUUUGGGGCGAGAGCUCCCUUGCACACAAAUCAAACUGAAAUCUCUCAAAAGCCUUUAAACUCUGCGGUCACGUGCAGCCGUUUCUCCUCAGCAGAGAAUUGUUCACUUUGAGUUUCCAUUCUUUCUUCAUGGCACAGUGCCAUAGUGGAUCUCAGCCAAAGUGCCCGUCUCAUGGGUGAGAUUUACCCCGAAACACGGGCCGAGGUUUGGAAAGCGACACAGUCAAACAGCAGGGCUUUUCACUUCACAACACUGAGGCAUAGGAGGUAGCUCAAAACUCCCAACCAUGAAGCAGCCUUUGGGUUAUCAGUCUCUGGUAUUGAAGAAGAUGAAAUGGCCGUGCCAAAAGAUGAACGUCCUCAAAGAUAACAAAGACCUGGCCUGUUUCUAUACCACCAAGCACUCCUGGAGGGGGAAGUAUAAGAGAGUCUUCUCAAUUGGCUCUCAUGGUAUCACCACAUACAACCCCACCACGCUAGAGGUCACAAAUCAGUGGCCGUAUGGAGACAUCUGUGGCAUCACGCCAGUGGGCAAGGGCCAGGGGACCGAGUUCAACCUCACGUUCCGCAAGGGCAGCGGGAAGAAGUCGGAGACGCUCAAGUUCUCCACGGAGCACCGCACGGAGCUGCUGACGGAGGCGCUGCGCUUCAGAACAGACUUCUCCGAGGGAAAGAUCACCGGGAGGCGCUUCAACUGUUACAAGCACCACUGGAGCGACCAGCGCAAGCAGGUUAGCCUGGAGGUCACGCCGGGGGGCAUCGACCAGAUCGACCCCCACACCAAUCGAGUGAUCUCUUCCUAUGACUACCGGUCUGUAGAGGGCUUCGCCGAGGUCUCCGACUACCAGGGCGGCUUCUGUAUCCUCUACGGUGGCUUCAGCAGGCUGCACCUGUAUGCGUCAGAAAACCGCGACGAGAUCAUCCGCAGUGCCAUCGAACACGCCGGUAACUACAUCGGCAUAACGCUGCGGCUGCGCAAGGACCCGCUCACCUUCGAGGGCUUUGUCGGCGAGCGCCUGGGCAAGUACGGCUCGGACGAGUGCAUCACCUCGCUGGCCGAGUUCGUGGUGCAGAAGAUCUCCCCUCGACACAUGGAGCCCAUCAAGAGGAUCCUAGCCCUCACAGAGACAUGCCUUGUGGAAAGAGACCCUGCCUCUUACAACAUCGUCACCGUCAAGCCCUUUGAAGAGGUGUUUGCGCUGGUCUGUGAUGAAGACAACCCUCAGGUGUUCUACGUGGAGUUCAUCCGAGGACAGAUCCGCAAGUACUGCUCCACAGAAAGGGACUCUUUGCUGGCGAGCCUGCUGGACGGGGUGCGUGCGUCGGGGAACCGGGACGUGUGUGUGAAGAUGGCCCCCACCCGGCGGGGCCAGCGCUGGGGCCUGCUCAGCAUGCCCGUGGAUGAGGAGGUGGAGAGCCUGCACCUCAAGUUCCUGGCCGCCCCACCGAGUGAGUCUCCUUCCACAGCUCUCCGUCCACCUCACGCCAGCGCCUGUCUUAACACAUUAUUCUCACGAUGAUGCGCAUCAAGGGAGGGAGAGGAAGGUUUUACUCCGCAGAUUCACCCGUGUCUCUGAUUAGACAUUAAAACAGUCCAAGUUUAAGUGUCCCAAACAGAAGAAUGGGUGGCAACCAAUAGCCCCGACCCUAGAUGAAUACUGUUUUAGGCAGCUACUCGAGAUACGGGAACUACCGCAAUGUUGGUUCACGGAAGAAGUUGUUAAUUAGAGGAUCCAGCCGUGAGCAAAUG